UUAUGGGACAUGCAAAGUUUUCCAACACCAUAAACAACAGAGGCGCGCCACAGAUUUCCUACGUGCAGUCUGAUGUGGUCUGCUCCAAUAGACAUACUGUACGCAAAGAUCUGUGCAUAAUAAGAGGAACAUGGUCGAUACAAAAACGUAUUUUUUCGUAUUUUUAAGUAUCGCAUAUUCUUCCUCUUUUGUGAAGGCUCAGUAUGAGAAAUACAGCUUUAAAAGCUUUCCCAUGAACGACCUCAUGCCACUGGAGUCUGCGUACGGACAUGCGCUAGAGAUGUAUGCUACUCAGGACUGGAAGCAAAGUCUUACAUAUCUGGAGCUAAGCCUGCGACUCCAUCGUCUGCUGAGAGACAGCGAAGCAUUUUGCAGUAGUAACUGUAGCACUGUGUGUAGUGAAUAUGAAAAUAACAGCACGGGGACUACGUUCAGGAUAAUGGAACACAUCAUAUUGCGAGCCGCGUGCCUUAAAAGGUGCAAAACAAAAUUUCCCGUGUUUUCCAAAUCGUAUCCCAAACGAGAAACUUUGGCUGCCUUUGAAAAGAGGAUACCCUACCGGUAUCUUCAAUUUGUCUACUACCAGAUGAAUGAGUUGGAAAGAGCCGUUUCUGCAGCACACACAUAUCUGCAGCGAAACCCUGGGGACCCCCUUUUAUCUAGAAGUGUGAACUAUUAUAAAAGCCUGUUUGAUCUAGAAGAGUACCUCAUAGACCAUGAAGAAAAGUCAUAUGAGGCUUUGUUCCUGAAGGCUGUGAAGCUAUAUAAUUCUGGGGAUUUUAGCAGCAGUGUACGUGACAUGGAACUGACAGCUGCUGAGUAUUUCACUAAAUACCAGAUGUGUUUGUUGUCCUGUGAAGGGUCAUAUGAUGUUCAGGAAUUCAAAGACUUUUACCCAGCCUUAGCAGUAAAUGAUGUUCGCAAUGCAGCAUUGUGUGCAGCAACCUAUAUGCUGUUUGAUAGAGAUGAUCAAGUGAUGCAGCAAAACAUGGCCUACUACAGAUUCUACAGAGAACAGUGGGGACUGCAGGAUGAGCAUUUUAAACCACGUCCAGAAGCUCUUAAAUACUACAAUCUAAUUACCAAACUGAGGGAACUGCUGGAGUUUGCAAAUAAUUAUUUACAGACGGACGAUGAGGAUUCUGUGAGUGCAGAUGAGGCAGUUCUGUCGAAUCCUGCUGAUGAAGAGUUUGAGGGAAUCGGGGACUACGAGGAGUCUUUUUUGGCUGAAUGGUGGCAGGAACCCAAAACUAAAGGAGACACAGGAGAACCUGUAGAAUAAAAUGGAUAUUAUUAUUAUGGUGAUUAGAGAAAGCCAACAUACUGUUAUACAACAUAAACUUCUUCUGAGACUGUUUUAAGAAUGCAUCUUCUCCUAGACCUUUCAGACUACAACCACCAAACUAUUCUGAAUUAAGUUGUAUCCUAAUAUAUUGGACCAAACUUUGCGAUCUCAUAACAGGCACCAGCCUGUCAUACAUAUUUAAAUGUGCUGUGUGUAUGUUUUUACCACAGCAAAAACUAUUUUAUAAUAUGUUUGCAGAUAUUAAAGAAACGUAAUAUGUUAACUAUA